AUGCAUAUUUUACUUACCAACGAUGAUGGGCCACCAGAUGACAACACAAGCCCUUACAUUAAGUAUUUUCUAGAUGAGGUACAAAGAUCAACGGACUGGAAAGUGACGAUUGUAAUCCCCAACCAGCAGAGAUCGUGGAUUGGAAAAGCACAUUUUGCUGGUCGCGUGCUUGAAGUUUCUUACAUCUAUACUUUACCUAGUACGGAGAGCCACAAUGAGGGAAUCAACUCCUUUGAAGGCCCUUUUGCUGAGAGACAUCAAUCUUUACGCCAAACACACCAAGAGUGGCAUCUCGUGAACAGCACUCCAGCUGCCUGUGCCGAUUUAGGGUUACAUCACUUAACAUCACAUGAUGAGCCUAUAGAUCUCGUCAUCAGUGGACCGAACUAUGGCAAGAAUUCAGGGAAUCUCUAUAUUCUUGGAAGCGGAACUGUUGGUGCCGCCAUGGAGGCAGUCACACAUGGUGCGAAGGCGAUUGCCCUCUCUUACGAAUUUCGAAGUCAAGCAAAGGAUCACAAUCAGUUGAAAGAAGCUGCAAAGCUUUCCCUUAAGAUUGCGAGGAAGCUACAUGAAAACCUCACCAAAAACUUCGAAGUAGAUCUCUACAGCGUCAAUAUUCCAUUGGUCCCAUCUCUUGACACCAAUAACACCAGUGUGAUGUAUGCGCCAAUUCAAAACAAUUCUUGGAAACUGAUUUAUGCACUGCUUGGUAAUGGAAGAUUUGGCUGGGCACCGGAUUUCAAGCAGGUUUACAAGGAUGGUCUAGUAGAUGCGAAGCAUUCGGACAACAGAGUUUUACUCAAUGACAAUGUCAGCGCGUACCUGAUUGAAGUUGAUUAUGCAGAAUUUUUGGAUGACGCCUUGGAUGAGGCGUUUGAAUUAAGACAAGAAUUGGAGACGUCGAAAAAAACAUGGAUUCUCAAACCCAGUAUGGCAGACAAAGGCCAAGGGAUUCGUUUGUUCAGAAACACAGAAGAGCUCCAAGCAAUUUUCGAAUCAUUUGAGGAAGAUGUACACGAAUCAGAUGACGAAGGUGAACAAGAAGGUAUUAUGGUUUCUCAACUUCGCCAUUUCGUGGUUCAAAAAUAUCAGGAGAAUCCACUUCUUCUUAAAUUCUAUAAUAAUCGCAAGUUUCAUUUGAGGGUUUACGCUGUUGCUGUUGGUGAUAUAAGUGUUUUCGUUUAUGAAGAAAUGCUUACCCUCUUUGCAGAACUGACCUACAUGGGCGUAUCAGAUCUCGAAGACUUGACCUCACACUUGACUAAUACCUGUCUCCAAGAAGGAAAAGAUCCAUUGGUGAUUCCUUUUUGGCAAUUAGCUGGAUUAGAUUCAAGUAAAAAAAAUCAAAUUUUCGAUCAGGUCAAAUGCAUAACCGGCGAGCUCUUUAAGGCUGCAACGAGUGUCGACAAGAUUAACUUUCAGCCAUUGGAAAAUGCUCUAGAAUUCUACGGACUUGACUUUUUGGUGGACGAGGACCAUUCCGUCAAGCUUUUGGAGGUAAAUGCUUAUCCUGAUUUCAAGCAAACAGGUUAUGAGUUGAAAGGUAUAAUUGAAAAGCUCAUGACUUCCAUGGCUCAUUUAUCUGCAAAACAGUUUUUUGCGGAACCACUCCAAGAUGAGCUGAAUGUGUUGCACUUGGUUUUUAGAAACGAUUUUCACCCUCCAAAACAUGCUAAAUAG